CAUGGACCUAUAUGUAUUAAAUAGGUCCAUGGUCAAAUCCGCCAACACAGGACAGGGGUCCGUCGUGCCUCUAAACAACGGUUUAUUUUGUUUGUUUUCUGGAGUGACCUUAUCCAUGGAAUAACGAGCAGAAACAUCAUAUAUUUGUUCAAGAACAUAUUCAGCUUUAAUUUGGUAGAAUGAAGACCUGCGUUUUGGACGUUUGAAAACUUGUAGAAAUUAGCAAACAGAGACUUCGAACCUAACUAUUUCUAGUUCAAGGAUCUUUACCCUCUGCAGUAAUCUAGGCUAGGUAAUCUAGUGAAGCUGUUUCCUCCCGGUUCCCUCCUUCACAUGCCAUUGGAAUCCAACCAUGCCUGAGAUUCUUAACAACAACCUUGUUCUUGGUAGUCUGGUAGCGUGUGCAUUGGGUGUGUUGGGCAUCUCAUACAUCUUCUUACGGAGAGAAAAACGUAAGUUCACUCAGGUUGGAGUGGUGUCUAAACUCUUUAUUCAUCCAAUCAAAUCAUGUAGAGGAUUGGAGGUUUCUCAGGCUGAGUGCGUUGCUCUUGGAAUCAAGAAUAAUGGAGUCAUGGAUAGAUCAUUCAUUAUCAUCUCCCCCGAAGGACGAUUUGUGAGCCAGAGACAGCAGCCAUCUAUAGCAUUGAUAUCACCCUGUGUCUCAGAAGACAAGGAGAGUUUGUUGAUUAAUGCUCCUGGUAUGACAACACUUACAGUUCCUCUCAGAGAUCAAAACGGACCCGUCUGUAAUGUUAAGUUAUGGCGACUGAUGAUUGAAGGUGAAGAUUGUGGUCAUGAAGCCAAUGAAUGGUUUAGCCAGUAUCUAGGAUCCCCUGGUCAUAAGCUGCUACGUCAUUCAAAGAGAAUCAAAGGAAAGGUGUUUUCACAGGACUCUCUUUGGGGAAGCAAAGCAAAACGGGGAGAAAGGUCUGCGUACCAGGACCUGGCUCAAGUAAAUAUAUUAAGCGUUGCUUCGCUGGAUAGCUUGAAUUCAAAGUUAGACCAACCAGUUCAGCUCAGAAACUUCAGGCCAAAUAUCGUGGUAGAAGGAACAAGUGCAUUCUGUGAGGACAAAUGGAAGUAUGUCAGAAUUGGAGAACAAAUUUUGUUGAGGACAACUCAUCUUUGUGGAAGAUGUCGUCAGACCACUGUUGACCCUGAUACAGGAAAGUUUAUGGAAAGCGGAGACCCAUUGAAGACUCUCAAAUCAUACCGGAUGGCAUCCCCUGAUGACCCAGACAAGAACCGCUACGGUGCUGCACCUCUAUUUGGAACCAACCUAGCUAUCGAAUCGUUUGGGUAUAUUCAAAUAGGUGACCCUGUAUACGCAAGCAUCGUCUAAAUUCAUAUCACGUCUUAACUUAAGAUAUUGUUAUAAUAUUUACCAAUUAAAUAAUAUAUCAUCCAGGUAAUAUGUUCUCUUUAAUAGAAUAUGUUUAAAAAGUAACAAUAAUGAUAAUUAAUAAUGUGCAACAUUUAUAUAGCGCUUAUACAAUGUUUCUAAGCGCUGCAUAUAUUGUUACGGUAAUCUGAAAACUUCCUACAAAAAGAGACCAUUUGAAAGUGUUUCCCCAAGCAAAAAACCGUAUAUAGGUAUUUCUCCAUUUUGAAAUUCCGUUAGGUGCUUCAGUGAUACACUGUAUAAAAGAAGUUCCUGCAUCAGAGUCUCGAGAACACCUGUAAUCUUACCAGAUUGCGUAAUCUUACAUUAUAUCACGUAAAAUUACAGGAAAUUUGCACUUGGUGUAUGGAUCCUUACAGAUUUCCUUACAUAAAACACCCUUUUCCCCUUUUUAAACAGACCUGUUCUGCUAAAUUUGCAGAAAAAAAAUCCUGUUUUAUGAAUUUACAGAAUGAUGCUGUUAUUUCUUUCUGCAAAAUUUUGUUCUUUUUCUGUAAAAACAGUGUACGACAUCCAUCAUGCAUGUCGAUAUUUCAUGCAAGUUCAUUUUUUUAAAGAUUAAGAUGAAACCGGUAUGCAUUCCAUCUGAGGUCAGUUUGAAUUCAUUUAUGACAACAAUUAAUGAAGAUUAUGAACUUCCAAAAAGAAAGUUUUAGGACAACAUCUUUAUCUUUGUUAAAGAAUUAGUGCAUUGUCACAAAGGUUUGUACGUCAGGCGAGAGUUUUUAUGACUGCAUGUACCACUAUAAUUAUGUUUUGACAAAAAUUUUGAGAAUAAUCAUAAAGUCACACGCAUUUUGGUUUCAGAUGCCAAGAAAAUGUUAAACAAAAUACCGUACAGAAAAAUGAAAUGAAAUCAUCAUUAUUGUAUAUGCCUAUAUUCGGUAACACUAUGUAUUAUCAUAUAUGAUGCUGCCUUUUGUACUUGCUAUUUAAACUUAUAGAAUGUUGUUGAAGAUAGUGAAAUAAAAAGAAUGAAAAUGAUUUUUUAAUCUUUAUCGGUUUAUGUGCAAUUCAAUAGUAUUCUCCAAAACACAAUUUAUGUCAAUAAUAUUACACAUAAAGAAGUUUCGUCGCAUGUGAAAUAUUAAAGCAUUGUUUUCAUUUUGGGGCAAUUCCGUAAAAUAUGUACGUCGGACCCCCUAUUGGGACCUUCAUGAAAUUUUCUGUCUCUGAUUUUUGGUUCCCUUUGACAGUCUGUAAUGCUGUCAAAUGACCAUGACUUGGCCAGUUUAUUAAGUGAAGUAAGACCUUAGAAAAAUGGGGGUCGGAUGUACAAAAAGGUUGAUUAUUUUAUGGAAUUGCCCUUUGGCAAAACGAAACCAUGAUUCAUCUAAGCUCUUUUAUUUUCUUGCGUGUGAGAAGGUGUUUUUUUUUUUGCAUUUUUUAUUUGCAUGCAUUCGGGUUUGGUACAUUGUUGAUCGCUACCGUAUAAAUAAAUGUAGUAUCAGUAUUAUAAUGCAUAUAUUUAAACAAAAUCAUAACAUCUUUAAAUCAUGACUAAGAUUGAUGACAAUGAAAGUGAAAGAAAGAAAUCAAGAAGAAUCAGUAGAAAGAGGAACGGGUAACAGCACAAGGGGGGGGGUGGUAUAGGCAGGUAAAUCAGUUGUCGGAGAUGUAUGACAUAUCAUCAUCCGUGAAAGUACAGUCCACCAGGUUGGUGUAUCAGCGUACUAUACAGUGAUAACUGGAGGUGAAUAGAAGAUGGAUAUAAUAGACAUUGAAAUGUGAAAAACAAAGGCAUAUAUAUCAAAUGUAAAAUUUGAAAUUAAUAUGCAAAUCAAAAUAGAAUAUUAUACUCUCAAACUUUAUUUAUAUUUAAGAAACCACGCUGAUGAAUAUAUCAGUA